GUCGAGAGCCAGGGCAUACGCGGGGGAGCGGAGGGAUGUUCAGACGCAUGAGUGUCAAAUGCAGCAUGUUUCUCAACCCGACCCGUCUCAUCAUUCACAUAUCAGAGAUUUUGCGGUUCCUGCUGCUGCUGGCUUGGCCACUGCAGGAACUUUAGGUGCUACUGCGGGAGGUAGACGAAUGAGUACAUCAGCCGCUUGGAGACCCUCAUUCCAUGAAGGAACUGCUCCAAGCGGUCGCAGCCAAGGACGAGGCAUUCAUGUUGAAGAUAAGCCAAGAAGAAAUACAACUAGAGGUCGACCUCGAGCAAGAAGUCUUUCUCCAACCCGCGGGGGUCGUUCGAAAAGCAGUUCUAAACACUUCGGCAAUGGCUUUGGAAUGGUUGAGAAAUGGAUGGCCCUCCUACUGUUUGGUUUAGAUGCACUCUACAGAUUGUCUGAGCCCAAAGGAGGUUGGGAUCAGUUCCGCCGUACGGAUAAAAGCAUGGAGCAGCAAGUAGAGGUUUUUGGCCACGAACACUUCGAUUCCAAACCCCGCGAAAGGUCUAGAUCUCCUCGCCACCAAUAUCGAGAAUCUCACCGCCGUUCCCAAUCCGUUGACACAGCAUACGCACAACUCCGACCACCAAGACGACGAUCUAUAGCAGAAGAGAGAAGCAGGGACGCAGAUACGAAUCUGCUUCAAAGAAGAGGGAUGCAGGAUCAUCAGCCAAAGACAACGAAUCAGGAUCCUUCGGAUGUGAGUGCAGCAGAAGAGAGGGGCAGAGCGGUGGAUUUGGGUCAGAGUCCGAGAGAAAAGAUGCAAGAACAUCACCAAAGGAGGAUGAACCACGAAGCUUUCAAUAUAAGCGCGAAAACCGAGGCUGGAAACAGAAGAUCGCCUUCACCUCUUCCAGCACCUCCAAUCGGGAGGUCCGAUAGACGAAGAAUCACCAGACGAGAAGCAAGAAGAAAGAGAGUCGGGGUUGGAAGCACGAGUGCAGGAGGUACAUUUGGGGAAGUGUCUUCAGCUGAAGAUCAGAGACAACGGAUUCGAGGAGGCAGAAACAUGUUAAGGGGUUCAGCGCCAGCUCCUGGCCAGGAUCGAGGGCAAUCAUUUCCGUUUCCAUUGCCAAACAAAAUUGUUUUUGCUCCCAGAGAGAUUGAAACUGCGCUGCCGGUUCUCGCCGCCAAGCCGAAGCAGAUCCAGCAGCCAGGAGCCCAACAAGGGCAAUUGUUGACGCCUCCCGAUUCUGACUCCCACCACUGAGCUAUACAACAAUCAUAGAUGGAAUUUUUGUAUAAUACUGAUUAGGUCGAUAGCAUACAUAAGCUGUUCGUCAUUGAAAUAUAAU